AUGUCUAGCGUAGAAAAAUCCGAAACAGGAAGAAGUUCUCGUGCUCGUAACGCUGAGAAUAUCGUUCCUGCCUCAGGUUCAGAAGAUGCUGGUUCAAAAGCUAGAUCUAAACAACGUAAAGGAGCUGUAAAAGCCGUGUCGUCGGGAACUCAAAAAACAUCCAAGAGUGUCAAAGCAGGUCGAUAUGCUGACCGUGUAGGUGCCGGAGCACCAGUUUAUCUUGCAGCAGUUAUAGAAUAUUUAACAGCUGAAGUACUCGAACUUGCCGGUAAUGCUGCUCGAGAUAACAAAAAACAAAGAAUUAUUCCAAGACAUUUACAGUUGGCUAUAAGAAAUGAUGAAGAAUUAAAUAUUUUAUUGAGGAACGUUCAUAUUGCUGAAGGUGGUGUACUUCCAAAUAUUCAUAUGCAAUUACUUCCCAAGAAGAAAGGUGAUAAAGCUAAGGCGGGCGGACCAGUAACCCCAUCACCAAAAAAACCUACCAAAGGGAGCAAAACUCCAUCAUCAGCAACUAAGGCAUAA